AUGGAUCAACUUAUUUCUGAGCUAUCCUCACUCUCAAAGCAAGGCAGAUUAAUGCCUGCUGAAGAGAUUCUUACUGGAAAGCUCGCCAACUUCGAAGAAAUAGUUUCGAAGGCAAAUAUUAAUGAAAAAGAUGUUGAAACCAUUGAAAAUGUUCUUAUUUCACUUCUGAAUGUCAAUAAUGGCGAUCUUAGUUACCAUUGUUCCAUUAGGAUUGCAGUUUGCUUAACCACAAUAUACUCUACGCAAAAAUCACCAAAAUUAUGGAAUUUAAUCACAACAACAAGCAAAAAUCCCACAGUAUCCAAAUUAUAUGCUUCAUAUUAUGUCAUUAAACGUAUAGGACAUUCUUCUAAAUCAAUGCUUGCCGGACUUAUUAAAAGCAUUUUAUCAUUAGUAAAGAGUGACGAGAAAUUCUAUCAUCCGGUAAUGUUUCUUAUUAGGUCAUGUUACCAUAUUUCACCAGUAGAUCUCAAACCAUACGAUGAAAAAAUUUUAUCAAUCGCUAAGUCAUCAUUAUUGUUACAACACGAACAUAUUCGGUUAGCAGCAAUUAAAUUAUUACGAACCUUAAUAAAAUAUAAUGCCCAAUUAGUUCAUAAAGUUUUACCAAUAAUAGAUUCAAUACUUGGACAUGCAAACAACUCACCAUUCAUCGAUGAUGAAGUAUCUUAUCUUAUUGCAAAUAUCGCCGCUCUUCCAUUACUUAAGCAAAACAAUACAGUCGAAGUUAAAGAGUUUACCAUUGGAAAGCAACAAACACAAGCAUCAGAUUUCACAGAAACAUUUCAUAUAUUUACAAAAUACAUCAAGAAUUUUACUUCAGUUUUCAGACAUUUUUUGGAUAUCAUUUCACCUCAAUUUUUAUACGAUAACAUCAACAUAAUCUUUGACUUUGUAAGAAAGAAUCAACUAUACGACCUAAGCCAAAUCCUUUCUUUGUUUGGACAUGAUGUCAGAUCAAAUCUUUUCACACAAAUUGCAGCUGAGAGGCCACCAACAGCAUCACAGCUUCAUUGCUUAAGAUUUUUAGCAUCGGACAAGGCUAUGGCCCAUGAAGCCGCUGCUGUAAGUUUACAAUUAUCUUCAAGUGACCAAGAAGACGCCAGAUUCUCAUGUUGCCAGUACAUAACAAUUUUAUCAAACGAAUACCCUGAUAUUGCCGCUAUGUAUUUGGAAACAGCUGCUUUAUUUUUGGGAUUUCCACCUGAUGAUGAUCCACAGAUCGCUGCUGAUCUAAGAGGCUUCUCUUUAUUAGCAGCAAAUAUUAUUGGUUCUUCAAAAGAUCCAGAAUCAACUUGUUUGCCAGUUGAAAAUAAUAUCAUCGCAUUUCUUAAACGAAGUUUGACUGCAAACAAUGUUUUUGCGCCAGAUUAUCAGGCAUGCUUUAGGUUACUAGCAGUUUUACCUUCGAAAUACGUAGAUUUAGAGUUAGUUGGCAAACAAUUAACAAUGGCAACGAAAUACGUCACAGAACAUGCCUCAGAAAUGGCCUCUCGACCAAAUAAAGAUCUAGUCAGACUGAUUUCUGCAGCUAUUGCUCAACAUCCGAAGAUACCCGGUGCAAUUAAGUUCGCUGAUGCAGCAUCGAACGCAGAACAAGGUUUAACAAGUACAUCUAUAGUUGGAAUUGUUACUGCUUUAGUCGGAAUGAAAGAAAAAGAUUCAUUGAAAAUAUUAUUGAAGUUAAUGCCAAGAAUUCUUAAAGAAACACCUCCAGAAUCAUAUGUAAAGACACUAUUAGUGCAACCAAUGCCUCCAAUGACAGAAUUACUUUUCUAUUCUGUUUCAUCUGUACAACAGAACGGUCCUUUAUACAUGAGGAUCACUGGACAAUCCAUGUCCAUCAGAAUCUGUGAAAUGAUGCCAGAAAUUAUGUCAAUUUUCUCGAAAGAAGAAAUAACUCAGUUUUUGACAUAUUUAAUCCAUUCUUCGACCAAUUAUUACAUGUCGCAUUUGUUAAUACUCAAGUUAUGUCUCUCAGAAAAGAUUGUUUUGCUUCCAUCUAACUUACAUAGCUUGAUUUUAGAUACAUUGAAUGAUUCCUUUACUGAUAUCGAAAGAAUGAGAGUAUCAUCCGAAAUUGUCGCUAUUUUCUGCGCCAGAUUCGGUUCUUUCGACGAGAUCUCAAAAAUUAUUUCAAAAUUCAGAGGAAACGGAAAAUGUUUAGUAUUAGCUGCACUUUUCAGACAUGUCCAAAUGACCGAUAACGAUAUCGUUAAGGCCAUGCAUGACUUAGACGAAAUUGUAAAGUCAAAUCACUCCGAACAAACAGCUUUGUUCAGUUUAAUAUCUCUCUACGACAGCUGCUGCCAGAGAUUAACUGCCAUGCCGCUUACUGGAACACAACUCCGUAUUUUGAUGUCAAAAUUGCAUUCUCUUUCUAGUUUAUCGCCGUAUACGUUAUUUUUCUUGGCCGGAGCUUAUUCAAAGCUAUUACCAGUCUUAACUCCCCAAAAUAACAAGUAUGACAUUGAAGAUUUACGAUUAAUUUCUCAGAUGUUGUCAGAAUGCGGUUUACCAUACUCGAAACAGAUAUUCUAUCAUUUAGUCAGGAACUAUUUGGCAUUCUACAACACAUUGAAGCCUAAUUUCUCCAUUUCUUAUCCAGAUAAAAAAGGAACUUCAAUUUCUUUGGAAUUGGCCGCUUGUGGAGCUUUGGCCGACCAAAUAAAGAUUCAAAAACUUGAAGGAGACUAUUUCAGUUUUAUUUCACGUAGUUUCCUUCUUCUCCAAAAGAGAGAUGAUUCAAGACCAGAAGAAUUCAUUUUGGCUGUCUCUUCCGACGAAAAUCACACAACAGAAUGGGUAAAAAUUGUCAAAACCGUUCUUUCAAGUAACGCUCUCCCUGGAUUCCAAAACGCAACGAUAGAACCGAUGCCACAAGUCAAAGCGGUUUGUCUCAAAAUUUGUCAGAAUUUGUUAAACCAAAUAAACGAACCUGGCGAAUUAUUGGAUGAUUUAGUGACAUCAGCAACUAGAUCCAUCGAAACUAAAAUAGAGAGAAUUGUCAAAAACGGAUUCCCUGUUUUAGUUAAGAUUAUUGAGAAAUUUGACGGCCAAAAAUGUCUUGAUUUAUAUGAACCACAAAUUAUCUCAAAUGUCAAAAACUCUUUCUCUGUUUUAUCAGACUCAAAACAGUUCUUGUUGGCUGUUUUAUCUCAUUGCAUGAAGAAAUGCCAGAGAAAUGAGGAAAUUAAUAACUUUUUGACAGAGUUUACAAACGGUUUGACAAAUUGUGACAUAAAUCCAUCGUCUAUUUGCAUCGCGGCAACUUUCUUUAAGUUGUUGAGAUUGAUGGAUAAAAGUGACAUUGAUGUAAACUUAAACCGUUUUUGUAAACCAUUGGGAGAUGUUUACAAAUCAAUGACAGAGAUUUUUGCGAAAGAAGAUUGGAUGAUGAUUUCUGAUUUCAGAGGAAAUUACGAAAAAUCUUUGUCAGAAAUUCUAUCGUCUGUGGCCUGGCUAACUAAGAAAUGUGAAGUGAACACGAAUGACUUUGUUGCCUUUUUAGUUAAAGAAAUGAAAUGCGGUGAAGAAUGGCUAGAAACAAGUUCAUUUACAGCAUUAAGUGUUUUGAUAAAAUACGAAAAAGAAGAAAUCGAAGAAGAUUUGAUUUUAUCCGCUUUAACCGCUGUUGAAAAUUCUCCUCUUUUGGAGCAGUUCACGAUCAACUGUUCUCACAGAAAAUUACAGUCCAAGGCUUGGAAUAAAAUGGCGGACUUAGUUUUCGCAAAAACUUUCUCAAAAGAAGCUGCUGCAUUUUUGUUAAAUUCUGGAACAAAAAGUGACAUUUACGAUAAAAGUGACAUCAUAGCAACUAGUGCCAUUUUACAUAAUUGUCCUGAAUUGUUCUACAUGAUGUUUUCGAAGUCAAACACUUCUUCUUUCAAAGUUUUUGAUUUAAUUCUGAAAACUCAAAAUUUGAAUAGAACACAAAAAGGUGACAUCAUCAGAAGUGCCUUGUCAAAGAUUGACGAAUUAGAUAGAGAAGAUAUUUGCGAAUUUUGCUGGACAACAUUCAAGAAAGGUGGAAUGACAACGAUUUCAACAAAUUUGAUAAAUAAUCCAAAAAUUGGAACAUUUUUGUUUAGUUUUAACAACUUGAAACAAAUUGAAGAUUUAGUUGUCAGUGAUCCAGCAAAUAGUACUGUUUAUAUGCAGUUUAUUAGAUUAGGAAUUGAGAAAUCUUUAUAUCUUUCUGAAGAAUUGUUGGAAGAAACAGUAAAAAUAGCUGUAAGGGCAAUUUCUCUUUUGGGAAAUGAUCCUCAGAAAGGAGGAGACAUAACUGCAACAGCUGUUCAAUUGUUUAAAGAUGUAAAAGCCAAAUCUGAGAAAGCAGCUGAGAAAGGAUUUAAGUCUGUAAACGACAGAGAAAAACAAGUUGCAGUUGGAAAUACAGAAAGUGCAAUUUCUAAGAGUGCUACAAAGAAGAAAGUUAGAACAUUAAGAACUUUCUCAAGUGCCGUAAGAAAGACUCAGGAUGAAGAAUGGCAAUCUCUUGAUUAA